CUAGUACCUACCUCACUUGUUAUGAUUCUUUGCGGAAUCAGCUGCAACACCAACCCCCCGCGAAUAUGGCCAUCAACGCAUUCUUCGUGUUUGCUCACUCAUCCUUAUGAGGAGCCUAGCCGAGCCCUAAAAUACGGGUAUACAUGUGCAGUGUCCAUGUCGCUCACCUCGUACCCGUUAAAAGAUGCUACCAGGACCCUCCUUGUAAAACGACUCGUUGCUAAAGUACCCGCUAUCUAG